AUGCCAAGUGUGUCAACUGGAACUGUAUUAUUAGCUAUGAAGCUGUAUCCGCACUACACUCUGCUGUUGAUAUUAAAGCCACCACAAAAAGGCACCCAAACUGAUCCCGAUGUGGAGACAGAGGCGUGCGAUUUGAUUAUGACGACCGUUGAGAGUCUACCGGCGGACGACCCGAACAGAGCCGACAAAUGCGUUCAAAUUUCAUCGCAAAGCACGGGUGACUCCGAGUCAGGCGUACAACGAUUGGUGCACAUCGAGUCAUCUCCGGGUCAAUUGCUUCGCACACGAGUGGACGUCAUUGGACUGACGGCAAAGAAAUCGAGAAAAAGAAAGCUCGACGACAAUGGUGUCGAUGACGACCAACCGAAGAGACCGACUAUGAAUUGCAACCAAUCUUAAUGGCUUUAAUGGAUUACAAUUGGGGAUAUUUAACAUUUAUAAUGUUUCAACAGCGAUACAUC